AUGAAUAAACCUUAUAUUCAAAUUGUUUUAUUUCUUUUAAAUGUCUCCAUAUAUGUGAAUAAUAAAACCCUUGCAACCGAGCCUGCUCCAGGAACAUCUACACCACCCGAAUCAAUAUCUGAGUCAAUACAGCAUUAUUCUACUCCAGAAGAAAUAUAUGAAAAAAACAAGCACUUAUUAUGUACCAAUCCAGAAGAAACUAUACAAGCAGGCGAAGUUAUGAACGAAGCUGUAUCACAAUUAGAAUACCAUGCUACAAGUAUAGAUGAUUAUGAAUUUUGUAAUAACAAUACUGAUAGUAGUAUGCUUUUUUAUAACAAAAAAUAUCAAGGCUAUAUAAAUAUUGAAAAAAUCCAUUUUAAAGUUGAUGAUCCCAAUAAUUAUAAUGAAAUAAUAAACAUGUUAUGGGAUCCCGAUUGUGCCAUUUUUUUCAAUAUGGGAUUUGUUAAAAUUACCCGUGUGUACAAUCCAAAUUUAGUAAUGAUACAACAACGUUACAAAAAAAAAAUUGGACUUCGCCAGAGAUAUUUUUAUGCUUUAAUUACAAAGGUUGAAAUAUCAGAAAACAAAGCUAUAGUAGUCAUGACUUCAGCAAAUAUAAAUGAUCACAACCCUUCCAAUGAAACAUAUAUAAACGAAAUUGUAAAAAGUGCAAAUUUAUUCAAAACUGACAUUGAUUCUGAAGAAGAUAUUAGAAAAGGAAAAUUAAAAAAAACGUUUGUUAACUUAAUUGGAUACCUCAUUGAAAAGAGAGACAGAUAUAUUCAUGUCGUCUAUAUCGACGCUAUUGAUGGCCAUGGGUACAGUUUCCUAAAUGUAUUAUUGUAA